AUGUCCACUGGGGAAAAUGUGGUGUAUGACCUCUCCGAGUCGCAUCAAGGCAACAUUAUAGCCUGUGCUGCUCUGACAUGGCUGAUAUCGGCCGUGGUCGUAGCGAGUCGAUUCUACCUCAGAGGAAACUUGAUGGAGUUACUUGGCCCGGAGGACUGGGUUAUUUUGGCGGCUUUAUUUUUCUCCCUGGCAGAGAGCAUUGGGUUCAUCAUCCAGGCAGGCCUGGGGCUCGGGAAACAUUUCAUUGCAAUUCCCAUGGAGAAAUAUGUGACGUUGCUCGAGGCAUCAUGGUUCACUAUCGUUUUCUACACAUGUAGCCUUAAUCUCUCGAAAAUCAGCGUGGUGCUACUAUACUUGCGGACCUUAACUUAUGAUUGGACGAGAAAGGUUCUCUUGGGGUUUAUGGUCAUCGUCACCGUUACUGGCACCAUCAAUCUGAUCCUCGACUUUACGGCCUGCAUACCUCUGAAAGCAUUCUGGGACCCCAGUGUACAAGCUACAUAUUGCCAUUCAAACGAGGUUUACUAUUCUCUGGUAGGGCUGCAGAUAGGGACAGAUUUUCUCAUCUUCCUGCUACCUCUGCCCGUCGUCUGCAUCUGUAUUGUUUCCAUAAUACGCCUCGUCCUGCUCGCGACCAUCCCGGUCGGGCCCGACUACAGCUACACAGGCGUGGACACGAUCUACUGGUCCCUGAUCGAGGUCAACACCGCCAUAGUCUGCGCCUCAGUCAUGACCCUGAAGCCGCUCUUCAACCGCAUCUUCGCAGCCUCGACGAGACAGACCACAGGCACGCCCGAGGACGGCGCCGCCGGCCCGGUGGGCCACCCGCAGCACCCGCACAUCCCCCUGCCGACGAUCGGGUCCCGCCCGUCGCGCAAGGCCCCUCCGCCGCUGCAGACCAGGCAGUCGUGGCUGAGCGCGCAGCUGGCCAAGCUGGACAAGUCGCUGCAGACGGUGAACGAGACGCGGGCGCCGGCCGACGAGGAGGUCAACCUCCGCAGGCCCGAGACGGCGACGACGCCGCGCUCGAGGAGCGAGAUGGAGCUGCCGCCCUGGCCGCCCUCGCGUGAGCCCGCGGGGAGGGAUAGGCUGAGCCAUAACUCCAGCAUCAUCACGCCUGUUGAGCAGAGGGCGGAUGAGGGGCCUUUGAGGUGA